AUGCCGCGGGAUGCGUCCUCUUCAGUCAGAGCUGUGGUGCGCGUCCGCCCGCUUCUACAGCAAGAGCUUGAAGCCGGGCACGAGAAUUGCUGCCAGGCCUCCGGUGACCGGUCGAUCCUGGUAAGGGUGGGUGCGGCGAACCAGUUUCGAAAGUAUUCCUUCGACGCGUGUCUUCCCGAAGAUCGAUCGCAGAAACAGGUUUUCCAAGAAAGCGGUGUGACCUGCCUGCUCGACGCAGCAGUUGCUGGAUAUGCUGCCACCGUCCUGGCCUAUGGCCAAACCGGCAGUGGCAAGACGUACACUAUGAUGGGGCGGUCGAGCACCGGCGACCGUACAUCGGACUGUGGGGACGAGGUCAAGCGGAACGAUGGCCUGGUCAUACGAGCAGCUCGUCGACUCUUCCGGCAAAUAGGUGAAAGCACCGGAGGCUCCAGAAUCACGGUUGGAGCCUCCUUUGCAGAGAUUUUCAAUGCACCUGGCGCUGUCAACGAGUGCAUCUGUGACCUGCUGAAUCCAGAUGCCGGGCAUCUGCAGGUGCGCUUCAGCCAGAAACAUGGCUUCUUCAUCAGCGAUUUGGCCGUGGCUGAGUGCCGCACUCUGGCAGACGUUCGAGCCGUGUUGGAGGCUGGCUUGCAGAAUCGUCGCGUCAACGCACAUGCGCUGAAUCGAGAAUCAUCGCGGACCCACGCGCUGUUCACCCUGCAUAUCGACUCCGAGCAGGCGCCCUUGUACCGGACAGUGGGAGCAGGCCGUACGGGAACCUGUGCCAGCUACAGCGACCUCGAUGUGAGUCAAACACCCAUCUCCCCCGUGGCGGAGAAAGAGGAUGCAGCGGUGAUCGGCCACCCACGGAACGGGAAGCUUAGGCAGAACAAUGACUACAGUGGCCUGGAAGACAGGCGAGCGAAGGACGGAGCCGGAGGCUGUAUGCCCUUCCGGGAACGCUUCUGUCCUUUACACCUCGCGGUCCUCAAGGGCGAGGUAGAGAUGGUCAAGCUGCUGCUGGCUUCAGGGGCAGAUCCCACGCAGCGUACGUCGCGCGGCCGCACAGCUUUGCAACUCGCCAAACCCCACGCUCGCCCAGUUCGUGAGGCAAUGGAAGAUCUACUGAGCUGCCAGGGCAGGGUGUACAGCGUCCGCCAAGUGCUGGAAAUGUCGACUGACACUGCCGGCGAUUCACCUACGGGAGCAUGGUUCGACCGCAGAUCAGUCCAUGUCGCCGGUCAUAGUUUGGACGGCCUGGAAGAGGGGACGCAGGAACAAUAG